AGAUAUAUUUGUUGUCUUGCCUCCUCUCUCUUUCUGUCUUUGAAUUGUAUGAAUGUAAAAGCAGAAGAUCCAUUAUAGCCAUGGACUGGGUAUUAUGGUUACAGAAAAACAAGAAGAAAAUCAUAAUUGGGGUCGUGGCUGCAGCGAUCGUGACUUUAAUCCUUGGAUUGGGUCUUGGACUGGGCUUGCGGAAAGAUAAACCUGAAGUCCAACAGUGGGAAUGUUCGAGAAAACGCUGUGGUGAAAAGAGGCAGGCGGAGAACAAAUGUCACUGCGACAAUGGUUGUCUGUCUGCAGGAGAUUGCUGCACCAACUACAAACACGUUUGUCAUGGAGAAACAGAGUGGGUAGAGGACCAAUGUGACGACUUGUCAGCUCCUAAAUGUCCUGAAGGCUUUAAGCGACAGCCGCUGCUGCUGGUGUCUCUGGAUGGACUAAGGGCUGGAUACCUGCAGACAUGGAGUGAUGUCAUCCCUGUCUUGAACAAACUCAAAAGCUGUGGAACAUCGACUCCCUACAUGCAGGCAGCAUUUCCAAGCAAGACUUUUCCGAAUCACUACACAAUUGUUACGGGUUUGUAUCCAGAAUCCAACGGUUUGAUUGACAACAAUAUGUACGAUCCAGUGUUUAAUGCCUCGUUCAGCCUGGGCAAUGAUGAGAAAAACAACCCAGCCUGGUACCUUGGACAACCUAUUUGGGAAACAGCUAUGCAUCAAGGUCUAAAAUCUGGGACCUUUUUCUGGCCAGGAUCGGAUGUCAAAAUCAACGGAAGUUUUCCUGACAUCUACAAGCCGUAUGAUGCAAAUGUGCCGUUUGAAGAAAGAGUAUUUACAAUUCUGAAGUGGCUGCAGCUGCCAGAUAAUGAAAGGCCUGAUUUCUACACACUCUAUCUGGAGGAACCUGAUAAAUCCGGUCACAACUUUGGUCCUGUCGGCGCAGGGAUAAGCACAGCAAUCCAGGGAGUGGAUAAAAUAAUGGGUCAGCUCAUGAAUGGCCUCAAGCAAAUUGACCUGCAUCGCUGUCUCAACAUCAUUGUUGUUGCUGAUCAUGGUAUGGAGGAGAUCAGCUGCGACAGAAAGGAGGUGAUGCAGGAGCUGGUGGGAGACAUCAGUAAUUAUUUUGUGAACGAGGGGCCAUUUGGACGCAUCAGAUCCAGGAAUGAAGACUUUGURUUGGACUCUGCUGGACUUGUUGCUAAUAUGAGUUGCAAGAAGCCGGACCAGAAGAUCACACCGUACUUGAAGUCCAACCUACCAAAGCGGCUCCACUACGUUAACAGUCGGCGUAUUGAAGAUGUCACUGUCCUGGUGGAGCCAAAAUGGCAGUUUGAGAGAUCUUCAGGAUCACUUACAUUCUGCUCAGGUGGGAAUCACGGCUAUGACAACGAUGUUGAGAGCAUGCAUGCAAUGUUUCUCAGCUAUGGACCAAAGUUUCAGCAAAAAACCUCCAUUGAACCCUUUGCUAACAUCGAGCUCUACAACUUAAUGUGUGAUGUGCUAGAGAUCUCUCCAUAUGACAACAACGGCACCCAUGGCAGCAUGAAUCACGUUCUUAGCAAGACGUUUUACAACCCGACUCACCCUGAGGAGCAAAGUAAGCCGACUCAGUGCCCGUUCAUCAGUCUAACUCCUGAAGACGAGCUGGGAUGCGAAUGCCCAGCCCUGACUGGACCUGAAAUUAACAGCCGUUUGAACUUGACUUUAGAGGAAAAAUCUGCUUCAGAGAGGAAGCACACGCUGUUUGGUCGUCCCCAAAUGCUGCAGCCUGACAGCGGUUAUUGCGUCCUCCACCAAGAAGGAUUCAUCAGCGGCUACAGCCAUGAAGUCCUCAUGCCUCUCUGGAGCUCAUUCACCAUCGACAAACCUGUGAGUGUUUUGACCAACUUGGACCCAUUACCACCAGUAAUGUCCAACUGUUUGAGGGCUGAUGUGAGAUUGCCAGAACACCAGAGCCCCAGAUGUGAUCAGUUUGAAGCAGCUAGCAAUUUGACUCAUGCUUUCCUGUACCCACCAAACCUAAGUAUAACGGAGGAACAGCAGUACGAUGCCUUAAUAAUGAGCAAUGUUGCCCCGAUGUACCCUGCAUUUAAGAGGAUUUGGGAUUACCUCCACAACACUUUGUUAAAGAAAUAUGCUUCCAUAUACAAUGGCAUUAAUGUGGUGACUGGACCAGUCUUUGAUUACAAUUAUGAUGGCAGAUAUGACUCUACAGAGCAGAUGCAGUUGUUUGUACCUGGAACCAACAUAUCGAUCCCCACUCAUUACUUUGUGGUGUUAACAAGCUGCAAGAACGCAGGACAGCCAGUGAGCGCUUGUGGUGGUGAACUGCAGACUGCAUCUUUCCUCCUUCCCCACAGAGCUGACAACACGGAAAGAUGCAAAAAGUGUUUAACCCUCUCAAUCGAGCUGCUCAUCCUCCUCUCCUCCUGGCUGGCGGACGGCGUCGCCUCCUCGCUGACCUUCGAAGUCACCGACCCGAUGACCGGCAACCCGCUGCUCUGUGACCGCUGCCCGCCGGGAACCUUCCUGCGCGCCAGAUGCUCCUCCAUCAAAAAGAGCGAGUGCGCUCCGUGUCCACAGGGCUCCUUCACGGAGCUCUGGAACUACAUCGGGAGAUGUUUGCGCUGCGCAGUCUGCGGGCGGAACCAGGUGGUGAAGAAGGAAUGCACCGCAGACAGCGACCGUCAGUGCGAGUGCAAGCAGGGUUACUUCUACCGUCAGGACUACGACAUGUGCGUCCGACACAGAGAGUGUCCCUCUGGGCAGGGAGCGCUCACCAAAGGUACAGCCGAGAAAGACACGGAGUGCAGCGUCUGCUCUGAAGGCUCMUUCUCUGACAUUUCCUCCGCUCAUCAAAACUGCACUCAGCACAAGAACUGCAGCGAUGCGGGACUGCAGUCAGUGCUGAGAGGAUCCACCUGGCAUGACAGUGUGUGUGCAAACUGUCAACAGCUCAAAGAUGGAGCCGAAUACCUCAAAGAAAUCAUCCCAUCUUUUUUCAUUCACCACAAAAUGAACAUCAAACGCCUGCGACGAAUUGUACUCCAGCUCCCGUCUGAGGACGGCAGAAAACCAAGAGAGUCUCUGGGGCUCCACUUCUCCGAACUCCAUUCACGCAUUUGCAGUUGGGUGUCAUCGGCCACAGCGGCACAAAUUCAGCAGCUUCCAGACAUAGUGAAUAGAACAGGAGCAACUGCUGCUAGCGAGAAGCUACAGAGCAAGAUCAACAGCAUUCARGCACAUCUGACAGAGCACUGUCAUUCUGAGAUCUUGGGUAAUGAUAUCUUAAGCUAAUCCAUAGCAAUUUGACCCAGAAAUAUGAACUGUACCACAGGACAUAAAGAUGCUAGGGGGCAUGAAAUCCUGUGUUUAAAGCAACAACUAUCUCAAUAGCUUGUGUUUAAAUUAUUGGAAAAAAGCCAAGAAAAUACCUAAAAAGUAGAAAACUGAGGAAUUUAAAUAUUUUAAAACAAACUGACACCCAUUAACACUUACCUCAUGUGGAGGUUUAARUUUAUGAAAAGAGCAUUUAAGUAAAUGAAGUACUUAUAAAURUUCAAGAGUAAUUUUGUUCUUCAUUUUGCUAAUUUUGCUUCAUUUUYUAAUUAGUUUUGGAUAAUUGGUAAAUUGCAUCCGAUGCAUCUGUUUUAGUCAUAUAAUAUGUUCAUGGGAUUAACUGGAAACAAUUCACGUUUGGAGAAAUAAAGCUUAUAGGAUGAAUCGUUAUGUAAAGAUUAGAAGAAUGAUCAAAUUUCUAAGAUAAAGCUGUCGGAUUCAGAGAUGUUCUCCACCAAGGCAUUAAGAGAUAAUUGAAGCUCUAARACAAAGCCUGACAGCCCACAAUCAUAACCAUUGAGAGGAAACURUUCUUCYGAAGUGUGACAGAACAGCAUCUCUGUAAUGUCUUAGUCUGUAGAGAAAGUAGCAGCGUGAAUAAGAUGGAAAUUCAAAAAUACUUACAGUCUGAUAACAUUACUGAAAGUUCCCCCAUUCAGAUGUUAUUCCUGUCAUUGAGGAUUUUUAAAAACGAGCAACUAAAAAAAUAUUGUUGCGUUUAUUAGAUAAGAUAAAAGGAGAAAUUGUUUACAAAUUGCUGCACUGGACACAAAUAUUUAUUAGUUAACUUGCUGCUUCAAAUUGUUUGGAAUAUCCGUUUUGAAUUGCAUCUGUGGAUGAUGGUGCCAAAUGGUAUUAGCAGAUGUUUCCUUCUGAUCAAUGGACAGGCAGAUUCUUAUUUAGCUCAGUAGCACUGACAACAGAAAGUUUUAGAUUCAUAGAUUGUUGUUCCGUUUUAUUUUAUUGCUCCUUUUUUCUCUUAACCAAUCAGACCUUUCUUACCUCUACUUCUUCCUUUUUGGGAAGAUAUGCUUUUACAGUGGUAGUACACAUCUGAAACUGUCAGUAAAAGUAGGUAGGUAAAUACAUUUUUUUCCUAUCGAUUGCUGUACCGACGUUCUUGUAAGUCAGAGUUGUUUUACAGUUUAUUUUUAUAUAUUUCCAACAUUUCUGCUUUUGGGGUGCAUGGUUGAUAUUCAUAUUUUAAUAUAUAAUAAUUGACCCAGCUAUUUACUUUACCUACCUGUUCAUGUUCUGGGUUGUGGACUAGGGAUGCUUGUGUGAUGUAUGUUCCCCCACCUGCUUUGUUUCUCCUCUUGGCUACUCCAAAGCACAGGGAUGUGACCAAGAGUCAAGUUUCUUUGUCAUUGUUUUUACUGAGGUACUUGUAAGCCAGAGGGGGCAGAUGUUUUAUAGUUUAUUUUUGUGUAUGUCCAAAUUUUCUGCUUUUUGAGUGCAUUGCCUGUACAAGCUUGAGCUCUUUUGUGAGGUUAACGUGGAAUGGUUAAGUCAUAGAAAUACUUAUCUUACUUUGCUCUCACUGAUUCUUGAGAAUGGGGACUAAAUGGGUUUUAAUUUUCCCCAUUUUUUAUUUAUUUUUUAUUAUUUCUCAACGUUAUGUAUGCAAAUAUGACA